AUGCCCAAGGAAAACAAGAAGCGCGGCCGCCGCGACGAGCGCAAGAAGCGCAAGCACGAGCACGAGCACGAGCACCCUGCCGAGGAGGAGAAGGUUCAGCACAAGCGCUCCCGCAUCGAGGACCAGCAAGACUUUGUCGCGUUCGCUGCGGACGGUGCAGACAAAAAUGGCGAAGAGCAACAAGCGCAGGCGGGUCCUGAUGGCGACAUGGUCUUCUACGGCAUGCUGGAUGAGGAGGAGCAGGAAUACUUCAAGCGUGCAGACGAUCUGCUGGAGCUCAACCAGUUCGAGGAUCCAGAGGCGCGCUCCCUGUUCCUGGCCAACGUCUACCGUGAGGCCGACGGCAAGGAGCUGAAGCUGGCCAACAGCCAGUCUUGCUCCAGGCUGAUGGAGCGCCUUAUCCAGUUGUCAGACACCAAGCAGUUAAAAACGCUCUUCCAAAAGUUCAGCGGACACUUCCUCAACCUAAUUCAGCACCGAUUCGCCUCCCACUGCUGCGAAGCGCUUUUCAUUCAGUCCGCACCCGUUGUCUCAGAAGAACUCAUACAUCCGCCCGACGACGCCUAUAUCGAUCCGCAAGACGUCCAAGUUUCCAUGGAGAACUUGUUCCUAUUUGCCAUAAACGAGCUGAAAGGAAAUCUUGGGUACCUCAUGACGGACAAAUUUGCAUCUCACGCCCUGCGCGUGCUCCUGGUUGUACUGGCCGGCGAGCCGCUCGAGCGCACCGCUCACAGGUCGCUACUACACAGCAAAAAAAAGGAAAAGGUCACUGUUGUCCAGGCUGACAAGAACGGAAACAUUCUGGAAAGUCGGUCAGUUCCCGAAUCGUUCAUCGAGGCCAUGGAACAGAUGAUCAAGAGCAGCGUCGCCGGGUUGGAUUCGACGUACCUCCGUGCUCUUGCCACCCACCAGACUGGAAAUCCGGCAUUACAACUCCUCGUCAGACUAGAACUCGGCCAGUUCGGGAAACAACGUGCAAAGGACGAGACUUCGAUCAUUCGCACUCUACUGCCUGACGAUCCCAUCACAGAAGGCACGGACAGCUACAAAUUCCUCAAUGGCCAAAUUUACGACCCCAUCGGAUCACGGCUGGUGGAAACCAUCGUCGAGUUCGCACCUGGCAAGAUGUUCAAGGCACUGUACAGGGAGCUCUUCAAGGAGCGCAUCGGCUCCAUCGCACGCAACGAAAUUGCCGGUUACGUCGUCACCAAGGUCCUCGCCCGUUUGAGCAAGGAGGACCUACAAGACGCCAUGGAGAAGAUUCUGCCUCAAAUCCCAAACAUGGUGGAGCGGAACAGGACGGUGGUGAUCAAGACUCUCAUCGAACGAUGCGCGGCACGAUCGGUCGAUACAGCGCCAAUUGCGGCGAAACUUGAGACAGCCCUCUCCAGCCCCAACGGAUUUGACAUUACACGUUUGCUCCGGCUGGGCGAAGCGGUGACAGCCGACGGAGGCAAAGCCACGUCCAACGGGCAGGCCGCCACCAACCAAUCUGGGUCCGACAGCCUGCAUGGAUCGCUUCUCGCUCAGGCAAUGCUCGCCGUUGAUGGUCCGCUCAGUGCGCUCGUUUUCGACUCUCUCGCCAGAUUGGGAACGCCUUUGGCCUUGAACGUGGCAAGAUCUGCGUCAGCGAGCCGAGCGCUGCAGGGGGCGCUAACCUCACCGAUCGCCACGAUCAUCUUCCGCCGCAAGAUGAUCCAGCAAUUCUAUGGCCACAUUGGGGAGAUGGCGCUGGAUCCUUCGGCCUCGCACGUAAUCGAUGCCAUUUGGCAGGGUACCCACGGCCUAGCUUUCAUCCGGGAGCGCAUCGCGGAAGAGCUGGCCGAGAACGAGGCGGCGUUGCGCGAGUCCUUUGUGGGUCGAAAGGUGUGGAGGAAUUGGAAGAUGGAUCUCUACAAGCGACACCGGUCCGAGUGGGUGUCUCAGUCGCGCAACAACGCCGGUGAUGGGGCGUUUGUUCCGUUUCCGGAGAAUGGGGCGGACAAAAAGAAGGGCAGAGGCCCCAAGCCGGGGGGAAUUGAGGCGGCUCGGGCACGGAAGCUUGCGGCGAGGCAGGGCCAAAACAAGGACCGGGAAGGAGACAAGAAGAAGGGCAGGGAACGAGGGUCGCACAGGGCGAACGGGAGGGCGUAG